UAUAAACCGUAGCGGCCACUCUGACUCACUCCGCCGCACGGAGGCUGACGGAGCUCCGCCGUGUCCGUGGCGAACAAGCCGCCCUCACAUGUUAACAACCGUACCUUUUUAAAUGAAACAACCAAGGGAUUAUUACUGGAAAGAAGCAGAAUAAGUCGGACUUUGGGAUAUCAAACGACAUGGAGUCCAAACGCCAGAGUGUGGUGAUGGAGCGACUUGUGAGUGAGCUGGGCUCUCUGCUGAAGAUGCUGGACCACGAGACGGUCAGUCCUGCCACUGCUGACAAGAUGGCCUCCAUACGCAACAUCCUGGACACAGUGCAGCUGUCAGUCAAUGGAUCAGACGUCUACAUGAACAGCUGUCUUUAUGGCAACGGCACAAGCUUUGUAGAGUCUCUGUUUGAGGAUUUUGAUUGUGAUUUGCACAUGCUCAGUGCAUCUCCAGUUGAGCAGAAAGAGCCCAAAGAGGAAGAGGAGAAGACUCAUCCUAAUAAAUCUACACCGACCGACACACCCCCUCCCCUGCCAACCACCCCACUUCCUGAUGACUACUAUGAAGAGGCUGUUCCUCUAGAUCCUGGAUCCACCCCUCAGUACUUUACCACAAAUAUGAACGCUUCCAGGAACUCUGUGGAGGAUGCCUACUAUGAAGAUGCCGACAACAACUACCCCCUCACCAGGAUUAAUGGACCUCCUAAAAACUCCUACAACGACUCCGAUGCUCUGAGCAGUUCUUACGAGUCUUACGAAGAAGAGGAAGAGGAGGCCAAAGGGCGGGACCAACGUCAGAGAUGGACAGCUGAGGAAAGCCCAGACGGACCUGUCAGAGACUGCCGCAUCUGUGCCUUCCUGCUGCGCAAGAAACGCUUCGGCCAGUGGGCUAAACAGCUCGUUGUUGUCCGAGAUAAUAAACUUCAGUGCUAUAAGAGCAUCAAAGAAAGCACUCCUCACACGGAGCUCCCGCUGAAUCUGUGCAACGUCAUCUAUGUCCCGAAAGAAGGCCGGAAAAAGAGACAUGAGUUGCGUUUCUCGUUGCCUGGAGGAGAAGCUCUAGUCCUGGCUGUUCAGAGUAAAGAGCAGGCGCAGCGAUGGCUCAAGGUGGUGCAAGAUGUUGGCAGCCAAAGUAGCAACACUGAAGGACUAAAUGGAUCUGCUUCUCCCAUUAUACAGAGGAAGUUGGAGCUUGACAAGGUGCUACACUAUGAGAGGCAGGCAUCUGACUCAGACAGCGGGCCAACAGUAGACACUCAUUCUACUGCACAGGGACCAGGACGGGACACCACUGACACACUGAGCAGGGCAAAGCGCGGUGCGUUCUCAGAGCUGACGGGGUCGAUGAGCCGAGCAGCAGGGAAGAAAAUCAAUCAAAUCAUCACCUUCUCCAAACGGAAACCUCCCUUACCAGGAGAGCCUCCCUUGUCUUCCGGUCACCAUGACAACCCCCGCUGUGGCUACCUCAGUGUGUGUCUGAGUGGUUCUUGGAAGGAGCGUUGGUGCGUAGUGCGAGGUGGAAGUCUGUACCUGCAGAAGGACCCUGGGGACCAGCGUCCCCCAGUCAUUGUGAUUCCCCUCAAGGGGGCAGAGGUGGUGCCAGGAGGCCUCGGCCCCAAACAUCCCUUCUCGUUCCACAUCCUGCAAGGAGGCAGCGAACUGGCAGCUUUAGAGGCCAGUUGCUCGGAGGACCUGGGCCGCUGGCUGGGUGUGUUAUUUGCAGAGACCGGCAGUGCCACACUCCCUGAAGAGCUGCACUAUGACUACAUUGACGUGGACACACUCACUGAUAUACGGCACGCUGCCAGACACUCCUUCCUAUGGGCCACUACCACUGCUGCGUCAUCCAGCAGUGCCUCCACAGACUCCAGAACAUAUGAUGAGGUCUAUGAAAGUAUUGCGGAUGAGGAUGUCGACAGCAGAGCCGCCCAGGUGAGACGUCACUCCUCAUUCUCCAGCAGGGACUCUGAAAAAACUGAACAACAGGCUGCCGUCAAGAGACACGCCUCCAAUGUAAACCAGUAUAAACGUUACGGGAAGACGCGUGCAGAGGAGGACGCCAGGCGGUACCUGACACAGAAAGAGGAGCUAGAGAAGCAAAAGGAAGAGCUCAGAAAUGCACUGAUUUCCCUUCGCAGGGAGAAGAAGGAACUGAAGGAGGAGAUGAAGAGUGGUGCAGGUCACUGUGUGGAACAGCGGUUAGCCGAGCUGGAGACACUGUGCAAACAGAAGGAGGAGGAGAGGGUGGAGCUGGAGCUCAGACUGACAGAGGUCAAAGAAAACCUGAAGAAAUCACUGGCUAGAGGAGCACUAGGUCCUCAUACUGACACCAAGAUCAAUGUCAAGGCACAGAGCAACAAGGUUGAAAAGGUUUACAAUGAGACUGUGCCGGUCAACACAGCAUCGGAGCUUCGUAAACGCCCUCCAUCGCUUUACGCCUCCUCCAAGGGGAACGUCAUGCAGAAGGCGAAGGAGUGGGAGUCGAAGAAGGGGACCUAAACGGAUCGACAGAUGGAUUCGUGGAGAGAAAAAAUGAGCUGUUACAGGAGGAUGUGUUAAAGACAAGGAAGAAAAAAGAAAAACUGGCACUGAAAAGAAGA